GUAAAUGACAUGUUGAAGGAGAAAAAACACGCCUGUGUUCGGCAGUGGCGCGGUUUUUCGCUGCAGGUUCACGCUAUCAGUAAAUUAGGACAUGGAUUGCGGCUCCGCGAGCGCUUCGCGUGUGUGGAGAGACUGACCGGGGAACUGCCUAAAUGAGAUAAAAGCCCGUGGAUCACGCCGCUUUCUGUUUGUCCCACGAAGACAUAUCGGCUGUGCUACAAUAUCAGGGACGAGGCCACAGACAGACAGACAGAGACAGCACGGCGUUCAGCUCUCUCGCGCGAAAUGGUCACGUCUAUUCUGGGGCUCCUCAUUCUGCCAGUAUGUCUUCAGCUGUGUGGAUUUUCGCGCGCUUCCCAAACAGAAUGUGAGCAGUCUCAGUUCCUGUGUCGGAACGGCCGGUGCAUCCCGUCUGUGUGGCAGUGUGACGGUGACCUGGACUGCUCGGACGGGAGCGACGAGACGUCCUGCGUGAGGAAGACCUGUGCCGAGGUGGACUAUGUCUGCCACAGUGGCCAGUGCAUUCCCAAGAGAUGGCAGUGCGAUGGGGAACCAGACUGUGAGGAUGGCUCAGAUGAGAGCAUCGAAAUGUGCCACACGAGGACCUGCCGAGUGAACGAGUUCAGCUGUGGUGUCGGCUCCACGCAGUGCAUUCCGGUCUUCUGGAAGUGUGACGGUGAGAAAGACUGCGACAACGGAGAGGACGAGAUUAAUUGUGGUAACAUUACAUGCGCUCCUCUGGAGUUCACCUGUGCCAGUGGCCGCUGCGUUUCUCGUAAUUUCGUCUGUAAUGGUGAGGACGACUGUGGGGAUGGCAGCGACGAACAAGACUGUGCUCCUUCCUCCUGCGGCCCGAGUGAAGUCCCUUGUGGGAAUAAUACCUGCAUUCCUAGGAGUUGGCUGUGCGAUGAUGAUGUGGACUGCCAGGACCAAUCGGACGAGUCGCCAGAGCGUUGCGGCCGCAACCCCACACCGCCGGCUAAGUGUUCACCCAGCGAGAUGCAGUGCAGCUCUGGGGAAUGCAUUCACAGGAAGUGGCGCUGUGAUGGGGAUCCAGACUGCAAGGACGGCAGCGACGAGAAAAACUGCUCUGCCCGUACCUGCAGACCCGACCAGUUCAAGUGUGAUGACGGCAGCUGUAUCCAUGGCAGCCGACAGUGCAAUGGCUUCCGAGAUUGUGCAGAUGGCACAGAUGAAGUCAACUGCAAAAACUUAACUCAGUGCAACGGUCCUGACCAGUUCAAGUGUCGGAGUGGAGAGUGUAUUGAGAUGAGUAAAGUGUGUAAUAAGGUCCGUGACUGUCCUGACUGGAGUGAUGAACCCAUCAAAGAGUGUAAUAUGAACGAAUGCCUGCUCAAUAAUGGAGGCUGCUCGCACAUCUGCCGCGACCUGACGAUUGGCUAUGAGUGUGACUGCACGCCAGGACUCCAGCUCAUCGAUCGCAAGACCUGCGGUGAUGUCAAUGAGUGCCUCAACCCUGGUAUAUGCAGUCAAAUAUGUAUAAAUCUUAAAGGAGGAUACAAAUGUGAGUGUCACAAUGGCUAUCAGAUGGACCCCACGACUGGAGUGUGCAAGGCUGUAGGUAAAGAGCCCUGUCUUAUUUUCACCAAUCGAAGAGACAUCCGUAAACUAGGACUGGAGCGGCGUGAAUAUACUCAGAUUGUGGAGCAGCUGCGGAACACAGUAGCUGUAGAUGCUGACUUCGUUCAGCAGACAAUAUUCUGGGCUGACCUGGGGCAGAAGGCGAUUUUUAGCACAGUAUUGGAUAAGCAGGAGGCAAGUCAUAUGAAAGUGAUUGACAACAUUCAGAUGCCUGUUGGGAUUGCAGUGGACUGGAUUUACAAAAACAUCUACUGGUCAGACCUGGGCAGUAGGAGUAUAGCAGUGGCCAACUUCAAUGGGACCAAGAGGAAGGUACUCUUUAACAGCGGCCUGAAGGAACCAGCCUCUAUUGCUGUAGAUCCUCUAUCAGGGUUCCUGUAUUGGUCAGACUGGGGCGAGCCAGCUAAGAUUGAGAAGUCUGGUAUGAAUGGGAUUGACAGACAGGUCCUAGUAGAGACAGACAUUCAGUGGCCCAAUGGAAUUACUCUUGAUCUGAUUAAGGGCCGACUCUACUGGGUGGAUUCAAAGCUGCACAUGCUUUGUAGUGUAGACUUGAAUGGAGACAACCGCCGUAAGGUGCUGCAGUCACCAGACUACCUGGCCCACCCUUUUGCCCUUACUGUUUUUGAGGAUCGAGUGUUCUGGACAGAUGGUGAGAAUGAGGCCAUCUACGGCGCAAACAAGUUCACAGGAUCUGAUGUAACUCUACUGGCCAGCAACCUCAACGAACCCCAAGACAUCAUUGUGUACCAUGAGCUAAUUCAGCUGUCUGGGACCAACUGGUGUAACGAGAAGUUGGAGAAUGGAGGCUGUUCCUUCAUGUGCCUGCCAGCUCCACAAGUUAACAAACAUUCCCCUAAAUUCACUUGCGUGUGUCCUCAAGGUCAAACACUUGCCUCGGAUGGCCUGCGCUGCAGACCAGAGGCACCUACUGCCGCCCCUCAAGAUGUAGGGAGGGUGACCCUUCACCCCAGUCACCCUAAAGCAUCUGCAAAACCGAAGGUUGCCUCUGAACCAGUUUGGGCUGAAGGAAACAUAAGCACCUCCAUACAUGAAGUAAAUUCAUCAGCCAAAGGAUCUGCUGCUGCCUGGGCUAUUCUACCUGUGUUGUUAUUGGCCAUGGCUGCUGCUGGUGGUUACUUAAUGUGGCGCAACUGGCAGAUCAAAAAUAAGAAGAGCAUGAACUUUGAUAAUCCAGUAUAUCUGAAGACGACCGAGGAAGACCUCAAUAUCGAUAUCAGCAGACACAGCGCUUCUGUAGGCCACACGUACCCUGCUAUUUCAAUGGUAAACACAGAAGACGACUUGUCAUAACCCAAGCUCCCACAAUGCUCCAGUUUAUUUACUAGCCACUUGGCACCAAUGGCAACUGCUGCUGUUUCAGAGGUUUCACAACCAGCUGCCUUCUGAAGUGCAUUUCCAAGUUUUUUUUUUCUUUUUUCUUCUCUCUCUCCAAUAAGAGGAUGCCAUUUAUGGUACGAGAAAGUAUUUGCACCCUGCUCACGCUGAGGGUGCUCCAAAAGCAUCAAGGAAUUCUGAAGGCCUGGGUUUUUUUCCUUCACGUACACCAUAACGGCCCCACAAUGAUUCAACAGCCUUAAUUCCUAUUUACAAGGAUGAUGGCAUAGCUGGAGAACCAGAAUGCAGAUUAGAUGGCCAGUAGUGUGUGUGGAUGCCUGAAAUAUUUAAAUGAAAAUGCAUAUUUUAGAUGAUCAUGUCUUUAAAGUGUAAGUUUCUUUCUUUCAGUUUUCCUAAUGGGCAUUGUUUCCCAGAGAUGCAUUAUUAUGAAGCUUUGUGUGUCUUUCUGGGUUUGAAAAAGCUCUAUAGGGAAAAGUGCUGUUACAACAUUUGUAAAACAUUGUGUAUAUAUCCCUCUCUGGAAAACAUAAUCAGGAUUCAAGCACUUUGAUCAAAUGUUCCUCUGUAAAUAAGAUUGUAUACAUUUGACUGAGACAAUUUUGCUAUGGUUGGGCACUGUACCAGGGUAGAGGAAAAUGUAUUUAAAAAAUGAAGUUUGUUAAAACUAUUUUGUAUGUUUGUGUGCUGUUCCUGUGACCUUUUUAUAGCAGUGUGCAGGGGAACAAAAUGCUCUGUAUUGUGAAAAGGAAACAUUUGCAAACGUAAAAUAAAAUUAAAGUUUAAAAUAA